UCAUCAUCACCACCGGCUCUUUUGAACAAUAGCCUCUGCAGAAGGCCAUUGAAUCAAUCACCCCCCAUCGGUCUACUGUUCCAUUGGUGAGUUACCACCUCCCUCCCUUUAGGCGGUGGGUCUUUACCCCCCAGUCCACCUUGGACCUUCCGGUUUCCUUGCAUUAUAUCAUGGCUUGGGUUUCCACCCUUGGUUGUAUAAAUAUUUGCAUCUUUCCGGUCUUUAUUGAGCUCCUAUAUCUUGCUAGUACCUUGAUAUUCUGAUUUCCAAUGCUAAGGUCUUUCUUCAACAGGAGGCCUAAGAACGCACAGUCCAAGAACGCACAGCAGAAGACGUUACAGCGAAAUCCAGUUCUGCAGGACCCAGUUCGGCCAGUGCAGAAAGAGCCGGUUGACACCAAACCCGUUGAAGUACAGCCUGCCGAGGUCAAGCCCGUGCAAACAAUACAAACGGUCCAGCAGGUUCCGACAGUUGAGACUAUACCUACCAAGCAACAGACACAACCCGAGAAGAUGACGUCCUUCAUGAAGAAUUUGCAGGUUGGAGGUGGUGCUCCUGAUGAGGGUCUCACCGUCCCCGGUAGUGGGAGAAGACACGGGAAAUCCCAGUCGGCUUUCGUGAGUUCUUGAAACCCCUUCAAUUGGACAGUCGGGUCCAUAUGCAGCAGAUGCGAUGAUUGCGGGAGUGCUAAUUCGGGCUUGUAUAGGCAUUUGACAACACCUCAACCUCAGUUGCUGCCAGUCAAAUGAGGAAUGCUUUGAAUGGCCUUGCCGAUAGCGUUAAAGACCCCAAGGCCAAAGCGGUAAGAACCCUAAUUUCGCGAAACGAGAAAACGCUAACGUUGCUUUUACGAUGGCUAGUCUUUCGAGACUGAGAUGGAUAACUUCUUUGCUUUGUUCAGAAGAUAUCUGCAAGAUAAGGCCAAGGGUACUACGCUGUAAGUCUGAUUUCUCACUCGCCGGUUUCUGGACAAGGGCUUACGCAGGACACCCACUUUACAGGGAUUGGGAUCGUAUCCAGCCUCCUCAGUCCUCCCAGGUUAUCCCUUAUGAGACCCUUCCCAAAUUCGAGGACCCUAAGCUCCUCUCAAAGCUUGCUGUUCUCAAGCUUAAUGGUGGUCUCGGAACCUCUAUGGGCUGUGUUGGUCCUAAAUCGGUUAUUGAGGUCCGCGAGGGCAUGUCUUUCCUCGAUUUGUCCGUACGCCAGGUUGAAUAUCUUAACCGAACCUACAAUGUCGACGUCCCAUUCGUUCUCAUGAACUCGUUCAACACGGACGAUGACACCCAGAACAUCAUUAAGAAGUACGAGGGCCACCGCGUAACCAUUCACACCUUCAACCAAUCGCGAUACCCCCGUGUCCUUAAGGACUCCCUUCUCCCUGCCACUAAAGAUUACAACUCGCCUAUUGUUGACUGGUAUCCUCCCGGCCAUGGUGACGUUUUCGAGUCGCUUCAGAACUCUGGUAUCUUGGAUCGUCUACUAGAGCAGGGCAUCGAAUGCAUCUUCCUCAGCAAUGUCGACAACUUGGGUGCUGUUGUUGACUUGAGUAUUCUCAAUCACAUGAGGGAGACAGGGGCGGAAUACAUUAUGGAGCUCACCGACAAGACAAAGGCCGACGUCAAGGGAGGUACCAUCAUUGACUAUGAGGGAACCGUUCGGCUCCUUGAGAUUGCCCAAGUGCCCAAGGAGCAUGAACAAGACUUCAAGUCCAUCAAGAAGUUCAAGUACUUCAACACCAACAAUAUCUGGCUAAACCUCAAAGCUAUCAAGCGUGUCGUUGAGAACCACGAACUCGAGUUGGAAAUUAUUCCCAACUCGAAGACUAUCCCCGUCGACAAGAAGGGCGAAUCUGACAUCUCGGUCAUUCAGCUCGAAACUGCUGUUGGCGCUGCUAUCCGUCACUUUAAGAAUGCUCAUGGGGUCAACGUUCCUCGAAGGAGAUUCUUGCCUGUCAAGACAUGCUCUGACCUCAUGUUGGUCAAGAGUGACCUCUACUCCAUGAAACAUGGCCAACUUAUGAUGGACGCUGCGAGAUUCGGGCCCGCACCACUGAUCAAACUUGGAAGCCACUUUAAGAAGGUUUCAGACUUCCAGAAACGUGUCCCUAGCAUUCCCAGAAUCUUGGAAUUGGAUCAUCUUACCGUUACUGGCGCUGUCAACUUGGGGAGAGGUGUUACAUUGAAGGGUACACCAUUUUUAAAUUGUGAAUUUAUGUAGUACGAUAGCUAAUUAGGUAACAGGGACUGUUAUCAUUGUCGCAAACGAAGGAAGCACCAUUGAUAUCCCCAACGGCAGUAUCUUGGAGAAUGUUGUCGUCCAGGGCUCUUUGAGG